AUGUACGAGGCAUUCAAGCGAGCCAAGGACUCUCGUCGACGGGGACUCACUGACAAGUAUACUAUCGAUGGAUUUAUUUCAGCAGGAACUUAUGGCCGAGUUUUCAAGGCUAGAAAAUCAAUGCAGAAUGGCAAGGAUAAGAGUGUGCCUCGAGUAGGACAUGCUGGUCAUGGCGAUUAUAGCACUUUGAAUGGUGCUGCUCAAGAGUUUGCUAUUAAAAAGUUUAAGCCUGACAAGGAGGGUGAAAGUGCCUUGUCCAGCGGCAUUUCACAGUCUGCUUGCAGAGAGAUCGCUCUUUGUAAAGAACUGCAUCAUGAAAACGUUGUUAAUCUUGAAGAAGUCAUGCUUGAUCCAAAGGAUCGCUCAAUAUCUAUGAUCUUUGAAUACGCAGAACAUGAUUUGUUGCAAAUACUUCAUUUUCAUAGUCAUCAUGAGCGUAAAGUCAUUCCGGAAUAUACUAUCAAGUCAUUUUUGUGGCAGCUUUUGAAUGGUUUGGCAUAUCUCCAUGCCAAUUGGGUACUACAUCGAGAUUUGAAACCUGCCAACAUAUUGGUCACUUCUCAAGGCAUUAUUAAAAUUGCCGAUCUUGGACUUGCAAGAAUAUUUCAAUCGCCUGUCCAGCCAUUAUUUCAUGGAGAUAAAGUUGUAGUAACAAUCUGGUAUAGAGCUCCAGAGUUAUUGCUAGGAUCUCGGCACUAUACAAAAUCCAUUGAUAUAUGGGCAGUGGGAUGUAUUUUUGCGGAACUUUUGAUGCUUCGACCUAUAUUCAAAGGAGAGGAAGCCAAGAUGGACAACAAAAAAAACAUUCCAUUUCAAAAAGAUCAACUGAUCAAGAUAUUUGAUAUUUUAGGCAUGCCUACAGUGGAAAAAUGGCCAGCUCUUGUGUACAUGCCCGAGUAUGGCAAUCUUAGAGAUAUACAAAGAUCCACUACUCCUAAUCUUCGCCCCACAUAUUUUCAAGGCUCAUCGCAAAGAAGUGAGCUUGGUUUCCAACUACUUCAAAGCACUCUAGAAUAUGAUCCUGAAAAACGUACCAGUGCCGAUGAUGCACUGUCACAUGCAUAUUUCUUGGAUGAUCCAAAGCCAGGUGCAAAGCAAGUAUAG